AUGACAUAAUUAAGCACAUUCAAUAUCAUUUUAAAUAUUUUUACAGGAAGUAUUCUAAACGGACUUUAUAUAAACUAUCUUGCAAUUGAUACUACUUAAUACAAUUUUAUUUAUAUUUCAGACAUGCUAACUGAAUAAGUUAAUAUGUAGUUAAAUAACAAUUUUUAUAGUUAUACUUUCUAUGUUCAAUAUUAAUUACCACAAGUCGCAGGUUAGAUACUUAAAAAAGUAUAGGCAUUUUUAACAGGAUUUGAAACUUAAAAAUAAGUAAAUACUAAUUCAAAUGAUAAAUUUAGUAUUUAUUUUAAAAUUACUAGCUAAAAUUUAACUGGUUUUAAUGUUACAGUUAGUUAACAAAAAGGUUCUUUACUAAUUUAAUCUGUUUAGUACAAUUUCAUAGAAAUAAAUGAAGACCCUUAUGGAAAUAUUUAAACUGAUUUAUUAAAUUAAAGCAAUUUUGAAGAUGCAAGCUAAAUUUCAUGUUUUAAUGAUCCUGAUAAAGGAAAUACAUGUGAUUAUUAUAAUUAAAAUUAAAGCUUUAAUAGAUCUUUAAGCUUGAUUAUUCCUCUAAAUCAUAGUGUUUAAUCAAAUUAAUUAAAUUUUAUUAACUUAUUUACUGGCUUAAAUACUUUUACUGUUUACAAAAAAUUUCCAAACAACGAACUUAAUAACCCUCGUCUUCAAUUAGGAAAUUACACACUCUAAAACUAAAACUAAGAAAUUUCUAUUUCAUAUUAUGUAUGGUAUAACACAACAGUAAUUUCUAUAGCCUCUUAAGGAAUAGCUAUUUUCUAAAAAUAAUGUAAUCCACCUUUAGAAAUAUUAAAUAAAAACGUAUGUAUUUCAUAAGCUACUCUUUGCGAUUAAGGAACCUAUCUGAAUAAUAAAACUUGCAGUCUAUGUGAUACUUCUUGUGCAGCUUGUUCUAAUUAAGCCUCUAGCUGUACUUUAUGCUAAGCUGAUGUUUAUUUAUUUGUUGCUUCUUGUUAAAAAAGCUAACCAUCGGGAUAUUAUUGCGAAAAAUAACCAAACUUAAGCUAUAUAUGCACUACACCAUGUUAAGACACAAAUUGUGCUAGUUGCUCUAGUCAAAAUAAAAAUUCUUGUACUGCUUGUUAAAAUAAAUAAUAUUUAUUUUAAAGUACAUGUCUACCAUAAAAACCUCCACAGACAUAUUGUGAUAACAAUAAUAGUUGUACAAAGUGUAUAGAUACAAAUUGCUUAGAUUGCUCAAAAAAUUCUGAACAAAUAUGUAAUUAGUGCUAAAGUAGUUUAUAUCUUUUUAAUGGUUAAUGCUUAUAAAAUUAACCUGAUGGUACUUAUUGUGAUUAAAAUAAAUAAUGCUAAGCAUGCUCAGAUUCAUUAUGCUUAGAUUGCAAAUAAAAUGCUAAUAUUUGUUAAAAGUGCUAACCUAAUGUAUAUAAACUCGGACAAAAUUGCUAAAAAACUAAACCUGACUAAGCAAACUGCAUAGAUUAUGAAUGCAAAAGUUCUGGUAUCUGCUAAACUUAAGAUUAAGCAGGUAAUUGCUCAUAAUGCAUUUCUGGUAAUUUUUUAUAUAAAAAUCUAUGUUAUGACUAGUAACCAAUAAAUACCUGUUGUGACACUAAUAAAUAAUGUGUAGAUUCAAAUAUACCUAAUUGCUAAUCUUGCUUUGCUCAAUCUCCUACUCUCAGAGCAUGUAAUUAGUGUUAGUCUGGAUAUUAUUUAUACAAUAAUCAAUGUUGGAGCAUAUAGCCUAGCUAAACUUAUUGUAAUUCAUAAUUAAUUUGCACAUAAUGCUCAAAAAUCUUAAAAAAUUGUUUAUACUGUGAUGACCCCUCAAAAGUUACUUAAUGUCUUAAAUGCUAGAAUGAUAACAAUAACUGCUUAUCAAAUCAGAUGGAUGAUUAAAAUAGUUAAUGUCAUUUUUCGUGUGAUAAGUGCUUCGGAAGUGCAAGUAAUGAAUGUUUAAGCUGUGCUUCAACAACAAGAUAGUUAGAUUAAUAAUAAAACACAUGUGCUUGUAAACCAGGUUAUUCUUCUGUAUAAGAUUAUGCCUAAUGCUGGGAUGAUGAUCUAACCGCAAAUUAAGAACUCCAAUAACUGGGAGAUUACUCAAUACAGCUAUAUUUUAUUUUUAGUUUACCUUUCUUAGUUACAAAUUUUCACCCUUUUUGUGAUGCUUACAUUUAUACAUUAUAAUUAAUAGGAAACUUUGGAAUAGUUAGUUCUAAACAUUUUUGGUUCUUAUUAGAAGUCAGAAAAAUAAUAAUCACUAUUUUAAUAUGCUCUAUUAACCUAAAAGAUGUUACAAGUCAUUUAGAUAUCUCUUUAAAAUAACUUGGAAGGUCAAGUACUUUUAAUAACAAUAAUAACUUGAAAAUAUCUAAUCUUUUAAUCACACCAAGAUAAACAAUUAAAAUUUGA